CACGGUAACGCUACGAGAUAUUCGGAGAGAGCCGGUGCAGGAGAAAGAAUGGCUGGGAUAAAAUGAGGAAUACUGAUAUGCCGUGACGAAAGAGAAACGGUAUGCGAUUUGACGUACAGUAGAUGGAGUGGUAGUGUGAGUGUGGGCAGGUGAAGGAGGUGAGGGAUUCCACAACGAGUGAUUCUGAUAUAUCAUAGGGUGUAAAGCACAUGUAGUGUGACUUGUCAUAUAAUAAGAUUGCCAUGUGUCAAUGGAACGUGUUGUAUUAUAAGGUAGGACGAAUUCGAAAAAAGAGAAACCGCCCGAAUCUGAUUGCGGCCAUCAUUAGGUAGUACGCCACAGAAGUUGUGGAAGGAUGAUGUUAAUGGUGUUAAAACGCAAAGGCAGGGUGGGGGUCUGCAAGAUGGGAAAGGAACGACGGUGGUGUCGAGGUAUGUACUGCCUUGAUGUCAGUUGAAAGGAAAUUACGUUGGGGGAGUUCGUUAUGACGAGGGUGUGGAAAUGCCGCGGGUGGGUGGAGAUUAGAGAUAAAAAAUACACGGUAGAGAAGGGAAAGUGUACGUUGAAGGGUGAUGGUGGGGCGCGUCGGGCUGCGGACUGGGUGGAUGACCAUAUGCAGGGCAAGUUACGGUAUUAUGUAGAAUCAGAUUGGGUGAAGGUCGAGUUCACGGGCGCGUGAUAGACAUGGGGCGUCACGGGAGCGGUGUCGAGAUUAAUAGAGCUAUCGAUAUGGAGGAGUUGAUUAUCAGCCAUCAGAGGAGGGACGGACGGCGACGGGGGACUCCUUCCCGAUAUGGAGUACGCAUCAAUGAGGGCGGAGGAGCACAGGGGCAUGGCCGGGAUAGGCAGGUGAUCUGCGAAUAUAAUAGAUAUUAUCUGUCGGUCGGUGCCUAUGCAUUUGGGGCGGGAUCAUGGUGAA